AUGAAGGGAGUUGCAGAGUCUCGAGAUCGCUCACGUAGCGUAUUGAGGAUUGGUGGUGUCUCUGGGGGAGUGUUUGACCGCUUUCGCUCGAUCCAAGAUCUCGCCAAAGACCCAAGCAUUCAUGCAGUACUUUUUGGCGACUGGAUCAGCGAAAUUAGUAUGACCUUCCGAGGCAAUGAGCGCGCAUCCCGAACACCAGACGCUGAGCAAGUUGCGUUCGAAAUGUCAUUUAUUUCCGCGCUCAAGCCAGCAAUCCAAGACAUCGCCAAGAACAAGCAGAGGGUCGCAGUCAAUGCCGGUUCUUGUGACCCUGAGGCUAUGGCCAAAGUCGUGCAGCAGCUCGUCAAAGACCACGGAACAGACCUGAAAGUUUCAUGGGUCACAGGUGACGAUGUCACGACACAAUUCAAAGAGAUGCUAAAGAGUGGGGAGAAGUUUCCGUCCUUGCCUUCAGACACCCCCAUCGACCAGUGGGGCGUAGAGCCAGUGUGUGCGCAGGCUUAUCUAGGAGGCGUUGGAAUCGCCGAGGCCCUUCGUCACGGGGCCGAUAUCGUCAUUUGCGGCCGAGUCGCAGAUGCUGCGCCUGUGGUCGGCGCAGCCAUGUGGUUUCACAACUGGGGUCGCGAAGACUUCACAGAAUUAGCUCAUGCGCUCAUGGCAGGCCAUUUGCUCGAAUGCAGUUCUUACGUUACCGGCGGAUAUUAUACAGGAUUCAAGAAAGAGUUACUCCAGUCGAGAAACUGCACCAACUUAGGCUUCCCUAUCGGCGAGAUUGAAUCGAAUGGCGAGUUCGUGAUCACCAAAGAGAAGACCGCCGGUGGAAUCGUGAACGUCUCGACCGUCACUGCGCAAUUGCUGUACGAGAUCCAAGGUCCGCUGUACUACAACUCUGAUGUCACAGCUCGCCUUGAUGGGAUACACGUAGCAGACGAAGGACCAGAUCGUGUACGAGUCACUGGCGUAGUCGGCUUGCCUCCUCCACCUACCACCAAGAUCGGCAUCACUGCUCGCGGUGGUUGGCAAGCUGAGGUUCAUUUCUUCCUCACUGGUCUUGACAUUGCGGAGAAAGUCGAGCUCGUAAAGAGGCAAACGCUGGAAUCGAUGGGAGAAUACCAGAAAGAGUUCACAACUUUGACCUUCAACGUCACUGGCUCGGUAGCCGAGAACCCCAAGAAUCAGGCGAGUGCGACAGUCGACCUUCGCAUUUUUGCUCAGAGUAAGAAUCCCGAUAUCAUGUCUGCAGGAUCGCACAAGGGUGUUGCGCCUGACACCCCCAGCUUUGCGAAAUGGGUGAUCGAGAACUGCUUGCAAGGCUAUCCAGGUGGCACUCCUGCCAUGGACCUGCGGCAAAGUACUGGCAAACCGUUCUUCGAGUAUUGGGUGGCAUUGUUUCCGCAGAACAAGAUCAAUCAUGAGAUGCAUACGUUCAACGGGAUGACCAUACCAGUGCCAGCUCCAACCGUUACAGCGAUGUAUCCGCGUCAGCAAGUCUCCUACGACACAUCGUCACCACUCCCACUCGACUCGUGGGGUCCUACAGUGCGUGCGCCCCUCGGUCAUAUCGUCCACGGGCGGUCUGGGGAUAAAUCUUCCGACUGCAACCUUGGCCUAUUUGUGCGACACGCUGACGAAUGGGAUUGGCUCCGCUCAUUGCUCUCCGUAGGAAAGCUACGAGAGCUGUUGGAAGAAGAAGAUACAGGGAAGAAGAUCGAUCGCUUUGAGAUCCCCUCCUUGAACGCUGUGCAUUUCCUCCUGAGGGAUCACUUGGAUCGCGGCGCGAACUCAAGUUCAAGCUACGACAUCCUGGGGAAGAAUGUGUGCGAAUACAUCAGAUACAAGAAGGUGGAUAUACCAAAAGUCUUCUAUGACAGAGGUACGAUCUAA